AUGCCAGAUCGCUCACAAGUCCAUCCCAAGCACUCUGAUUCCAUCCAGAGAGUUGUUGUCGACGAUAACGGGGCUUAUCUGCCGCCCUCACCUCCAGAGAAGCAGAGUUUCUGGAAGAAAUAUCCCGGUUCGAACCGAUCGUCAAAUCAUCGAAGUCUCGUUGACGAUAAUGAACCCUUUUCAAUAUCCCGCGAAUCAUUCGAUUCAUACCGGCGGUCAUUUGAUAUUUCCGCUCGCUCCCCAGUGGGCUACACCGACACGAUGCCUUCUCGAACUUCACUAGACUCACGAUUCUCCCGUAUGACGUCGCAGUCCACAUCACACACGCACGGGUUCUCGAAGCCCGAGGCUAUGGAAGAAGAGAAGUUUGAGGACGUGGGACUUGACGACGAGGAGGCCAAACCCAAAAAGAAAAGCAUCUUCGCUCGGUUUAGCGAUUUUUCUGGCGAGUCGCAGACAUCCGGAAACACGAAACCUGCAUCGCAACACCUUGGAUUCCACAUCCCAGGCAGGAAAAAGGGAUCCACCACUCUGGAGUCUGAGUUAGGUACGAUCAGGCCACCUGUCGGUGCAGGGACCGAGACCGCCUGA